AUGAAAAGGAAGAAGAAAGAAGAAGGAACGAGAUGUGGAGUUUCCAUUGGAAAAAUAGGAGCACAGAGAAGAAUCGUUGGCGGCGAUGAAGCCGGAUUUGCUUCUGCCAGACAAGUUCAAGUUACCUUAGGGGAUUACGUAAUAAAUUCAGCAAUCGAACCUCUUCCGGCUUAUACAUUUGGAGUUCGGGAAAUUCGAGUUCAUCCAUAUUUUAAAUUUACUCCCCAAGCCGAUAGAUUCGAUGUGGCGGUUCUUAGGCUUGACAGACCCGUACAAUACAUGCCACACAUAGCCCCGAUAUGUCUCCCGGAGAAAAACGAAGACUUUUUAGGACAAUACGGUUGGGCAGCCGGUUGGGGAGCGUUACAAGCAGGAUCGAGACUUCGUCCGAAAACACUUCAAGCAGUAGACGUUCCCGUUAUCGAUAACAGACAAUGUGAAAAAUGGCAUAAAAGCAAUGGGAUCAACGUUGUUAUCUACGAUGAAAUGAUGUGUGCCGGAUAUAGAAACGGUGGUAAAGAUUCUUGUCAGGGAGACUCUGGAGGGCCUUUAAUGAUGGAAAAAGCAAAUCGAUGGUAUUUAAUUGGUAUUGUUAGCGCCGGAUAUUCUUGCGCACAAAGAGGUCAACCGGGAAUUUAUCAUAGAGUUGCUCAUACCGUUGAUUGGAUUUCUUAUAUUAUUAAUUCCUGA